AUGCUAGAUUUGAGUUUUGUGCUGGGAAAACAUGUCACUUUCCCUUUAAUGUGCUGUUUCUCGUAUCUCUUGUACAAGGAAUUAUCCACUGAUAAUGAUGGCGGACCUACAGAGGGCGAAAACAAGGUGAGAAAGACAGACGUAACAGGCCAAAGAAAAUGGGAGCCCCUACCGCUAAUGAAAAACGAGGUACACCCCAGUGACAGCGUGUGGCAUCGGAACAAACCUUUCCCGUACCAGCCUUUCAAGGCAGGCGAGUACAAGCUCACCAUGGGAAUUAGACCAAUCCCCAUGGGCGACUGGUUGGUACUUGACCAAACGUACAAGGACAGGAUUGAGGCCAAAUGGCAGAUAAUCCGGGAGGAGUAUCGGGACGUAAUGUUUUUUUUGGAUCCGGCCAUGAUCAAUGACCACCGGAAAAAUGGUGCCGACUCCGGCGGCGUGGGCAUCGAAGACGCACCGCCAUUGCAACAGGAAACUAUCAUCACGGCCCAGGAUGUAGAGAAUUGCCGAGUGGCGCUCUGCGAGCUCUACGACCACGUGGUAAGCUACCUCGUCGAGCGCUUCCCUCAGUAUUUCGAGGUAUCGUUGUCGCCUACAGAGGAGUCACCUGGCGUUCUCCACAAUAAGGUUCUGGACGAGUUUCACCCCGUUGACCCACGCCAAUACCUGCACGCUUCCGAGGCCGAACUCAAGUUUAUGAAAUACAGGUGCCAAGACACGGACAUGAUAACGACAACCAAACCAACACAGGAACCUGGAACCACCAAUGGGCAACGAGAUGCUGUGGGAUAUAAGUGCUUGGUCACUUGCAAUGAGACGAGGCGGGCACAUGAGCUCAUCUUAGCGCUUAUGAGAUUAGUAGAGGAGGAUCUGCUCUUGAUGCUACCCAAUGCGAGUGGACAAUUUGACAAUGAAUAUUUUCUGUUUGUCGGUUGUUUCGCCUUCGCGGCCGGCUUUAACCCUAGACAACGAUUUAUGAAACCUCUCACUUUAGUGCACGGUCCUGUGCCGGAGUACAAGCAGAAACUACAGUCGCAUAUGAACCGGUUUUUCCAGAUGCACAAAAUGGGUAAGUUGGUGAUGCGUCUCAACUUCUCUUUCCAAACCCAUCCCCGCUUGUAUGUGACAAACGACAACAAGGGCACCGACGACGAGAGCAUUCCUGCCAUGACCUUGGAGGAACUACGCGGAGGUCAUGGUUUGUUCUAUCGCUCUGAGCGCCAGUGUCUGGUGAGACUGGGGCCCAAUUCACGUGCUAUGUGUUUCUCCAUCAAGACAUAUCUGUGGAACAUGGCCGAGCAAUUUUUGACAGACGAGCACUACUCCCAGACCCCAGUCUUACAAGAUAUGCACGAUGCCAUCGCGGGGAUGCAGGAAAAUGUUGGCCAGUACAAGCGCCGUCCCGAGUGGGGACCUGCUCUUUUGACACUGCUCAAGGAAAGGAUGAAAGUGACAACAUGA